AUGGAAGGUUUCGAUGCUGCUAAAAUUUUGGUCAAUAUGAGUAGGGCAAGUGUUUGUGAGGAGGUGAAUGGAAACGACAGUUCGUGUGAGUUCCGGGUGGCCAACGAACGUGAUGUAGAGCGAGUGAGGAAUGAAGUACGGGUGGAAAGUGACGGGAACGUACCGUUAAUACCUGUGGUUCGGCCAUUAGUGUUUCCUUUUUGGGGAAGUAUGGCUUUGCCCGUACCGCAGCAGUUACUUGUUGAACCUGUAGUUCCUGCCCCGUUAACUGGGGUCUCGCCGCUUUUAGUGUGGCCUGGUAUGUAUGCCUAAUGUACCGAAUUACUAGCGAUAAUGUUUUAUAUUUAUGAUUUUGUUUUGUUGUUUAGAAAUAGUAUCAAGGAGACGUACGAGGCACAGGUUCUCUGGAGUGGAGCUGGAGAUUUUAGAAGGGGAAUUUAGCAGUGGUUUGAGGUAUCCUUCUGUUGCUGACAGGUUAUGA